GUCCAGAAGCUGCUGUCAGUCAGGAGGCCACGCGGUCCAAGAUGGGCUCUUCACGAGCAUCCCAGACAGGGUGUGUGGGAGGGCGAGGGGUGCUGGCUUUGCUGCUGGCUGGUCUCCUCCUGCAAGGGACCUUGGCCAAGAGCAUCGGGACCUUCUUAGACCCCUGCAAGGACCCCACACGUAUCACCUCCCCCAAUGACCCCUGUCUCCUGGGGAAGGGGGGCUCCAGCAGCUCCAGUGGUGGCUCCAGUGGCGGCUCCAGUGGCUCCAGUGGUGUUUCCAGUGGCUUGAGUGGUCAUCCCAGUGGCGGUUCCAGUGGCAGCUCCAGUGGCUCCAGUGGCGGCUCCAGUGGCUCCAGUGGUGUUUCCAGUGGCUUGAGUGGUCGCCCCAGUGGUGGCUCCAGUGGCGGCUCCAGUGGCUCCAGUGGUGUUUCCAGUGGCUUGAGUGGUCGCCCCAGUGGCGGCUCCAGCAGCGGCUCCGGCAGUGGCUCCACCGGGUCCAUUGUUGCCCAUGGUGGUUCUUCUGGAUCUUCAUUACUUAAGCCAGGAACAGGGUAUUCCCAGAUAAGCUACUCCUCUGUGUCAGGCUCUACUCUACAAGGUGCACCGAGCUCCCUCCACUCAGGAAGCAUCAGCUCCCAGUCAGGAGGAGGCUUGAGCUCUUCUGGUUCCCAAACCUCCUGGAUGUCCAGCAGCGGGGGCCAGAAGGUCAGCUCCAAGCAGCGGCCCUGUGGUCCCGACAUCCCUGACUCUCCCUGCAGCGGGGGGCCCAUCGUCUCACAGUCUGGCUCCUACAUCUCCAGCUCCCACUCUGUGUCCGGGGGUCAGAGGCCAGUAGUGGUGGUGGUGGAGCAGCAUGGCCCCGGUGGCCCCGGAGUGGGUCAAAGGGUCCCCUGCCUCAACGGAGGCCCUCCAGGCAAGCCCUGCCCUCCCAUCACCUCUGUGGACCAACAUGGCAGCUACGAGGUGGUGGGUGGCUCCUCCAACAGCUAUCUGGUCCCAGGCAUGACCUACAGUGGGGGCAAAAUCUACCCGGUGGGCUACUUCACCAAAGAGGGCCCCAUCAAAGGCUCCCCAGGGGUGCCUUCCUUUGCUGCCGGGCCCCCCGUCUCUGAGGGCAAGUACUUCUCUGGCAACCCCAUCAUCCCCAGCCGCAGCUCUUCUAGCUCCAAUAUCUACCAGUCCGGAGCUUCCUCGACUGUGGUGUUCCAGCCAGUGGGCUCUGGUGGGGUCCAGCCCUGUGUGGUCGGCUCCCUGGGCUCUAAGGGGCCCUGCUCCCUCUCCAGCUCUGGAGUCUCCAGCAGUUCCAGCAUUUCCAGCAGUUCUGGUUCAUCUUUCCAUCCCUGUGGUGGGGUUUCUCAGGGGCCCUGCUCCCCACCAGGCACUGGCUCCCUCAGCGGCAGCUCUAGCUCCCUAUCUGGUGGCAAAAUCAUCCUUCAGCCCUGUGGCAGCAAGUCCAGCGCUCCUGGUCACCCUUGCAUUUCUGUCUCCUCCUCGACAUUGAGUGGAGGUCCAGAUGGUUCUCCCCAACCUGACCCCUCAGCUGGUGCCAAGCCUUGUGGUCCAGGCAACUCUGGAAAGAACCCUUGUCGCUCCAUCCGGGACAUCCUAGCCCAGGUGAAGCCUCUGGGGCCCCAGCUAGCUGACCCUGAAGUCUUCCUACCCCAGGGAGAUCUGCCUAAUAGUUCAUAAAGCAGAUUUUGCCUCCACACGUGUGCAGGCAUGCACACACACACACACACACACACACACACACAUCCCAUCUCUCAAGUGGGAGAAGUUCAGGGGUAGUCCAGGCAUGGGGUAGCUGUUUCCCUCCUCCCUCCCAAACGAUGGACUUCCCUGGUGGCUCAGACGGUAAAGCGUCUGCCUACAAGGUGAGAGACCCAGGUUCAAUCCCAAGGUUGGGAAGAUCCCCUGGAGAAGGAAAUGGCAACCCACUCCAGUGUUCUCGCAUGGAUGGAGGAGCCUGGUGGGCUACAGUCCAUGGGGUCGCAAAGAGUCGGAAACGACUGAGCGACUUCACUCCCCAAAGAGCUGCUCCUACUUCCCCCAUCGCCCCGAUGUGGCAGACUCUCCCUUAUCACCUCUUCUUUCUAUACCUCCCCAAACUGUAGGCUCCAAAUCCUUUUCCUCAUUCUCUCCCCUUCUACUGCAGUGCCCCACCCCCUGCCAGAUUCCCACUCCCCAGAAUUUCCUCUGCCAUUUCUUUGAGAUGGUAUAGUCUACUGGCUAACCCUACCCAUUCAGAUUCUUAACUGGGAACCCCCCGAAAUCUCCUAGAGUAACUGUGAUGCCCGGACAAGUCAUCCCCUCCCCACGCUCAUCCCUGCUUUGCCAAAUAAAGCACAAACCAAACGAUUAUUUGAAAACAAUGACCAUUUUUCACUGAUCUCAUUCCACCAUCUGGUCAACCAGUGAGAUGCUGUUGGGUUCUCACACUCCCAGUUCCAUUCCUGCCCUCCGCUAUAGAGCUCACCACACCCUUUGUGAGUUCCCAAACACUCCUCCUUGUCUCUCAGUCUCCAUCUGGGUCCAGCACUCAGAUGCUUCGCACCCUGUGUUGGGGAGAUACCAGGCUCUCUGCGGAGACUGGGACAGCCUCCCUGCUCUCACUGGGUCCAGGACAGAUGUUUCAAUAAACUGUGAGAACUAGA